UCCGAUACCAGAACCAAUAUGGAUCCAGAUCCGACGUACUCGAUUCUCGUCCUAUUCUAAUAAAAUGUCUCGCAUCGAAUAUCAUCAUAGUAACUACAAUUGAGGCUCUCACGUACUUGAGAGCUAAGAAUCAAAACGACGAAAACGGGUUUCCUUUCUUCGCUUCCGGCUGUUCCGAUUCUCCUGCGGGGCAUCUGCAAAUAUUCUCAGUUUCAUCUCUCUCGUUCCCCGCAAUUUUGAUCAUUUCGCGCGAAACGAUCUUAAAUCUUAUUUCAGGAAGCUGUUCGAAUCGGAAGCCCAAGGCUGCGGCAAAUCAUCAUGCACAGAGAUCUCGGACCAGAUCUAGGGUUUCAUUGCUCGAGAUCACAAAUUCUAUUACUUACUUGUGAGAUUUCCAUUUAAUUUCUUUGCAUUUCGUUUGAAGAAAGUUCAUCUGCGGUUUAGAAUUCCGGAUCCUGCUUUUAUUGCCUACCUAUUCAUGAUCUGGAGGUGUUUUCCGUCGAUUGAAACCUUACAAGGAGAAUUUUGAGGUGAUUUCGGCGAUAUUGUCCUGGUCGAAGGUGGAUUUUAGCAAAUUUCACGGUUUCGUUCAAAAUGGCUGUCAAAUCGGCGCAAUCCUCAUAUAGGGAUCGUACACAAGAGUUUCUCACUGUAGCGGAGAAGCUAAAGAAGUCGUUUUCAUCAGUGCCAAGUGUACCCAGUAGUAGCUCGAAACAAGAGGGAUCGCGAUCUGCGGUCUCUAUUCAGUCGGAGUUUAACAAGAGGGCUUCAAAAAUUGGUUAUGGGAUCCAUCAGACAUCACAAAAGCUUGCAAAGCUUGCGAAAUUGGCAAAAAAGACAUCAGUGUUUGAUGAUCCAACACUGGAGAUUCAAGAGUUAACAGCUGUUAUCAAACAGGACAUUACUGCACUCAAUUCAGCAGUAGUGGAUCUGCAGCUUAUCUGCAAUUCCCAAAAUGAAAGUGGGAACAUCUCAACUGAUACCACCAGUCACUCAACCACAGUUGUGGAUAACCUGAAGAACCGUUUGAUGAGCACCACAAAGGAGUUCAAGGAAGUCCUUACCAUGCGGACAGAGAACAUGAAGGUCCACGAAAACAGAAGGCAGUUGUUUUCUUCUGGUGCUUCAAAGGAUGCAUCAAAUCCUUUUGUUCGGCAGCGUCCACUUGCUUCUAGAGCUGCUGCUAGUGCCUCAACCGCUCCUCCUCCUCCAUGGGCAAAUGGGUCAACUUCUUCAUCCCAGUUAUUUCCCAGGAAGCAGUCAGAUGGGGAGACCCAGCCAUUGCUACAGCAGAAUCAGCAACAGCAGCAGAUGGUUCCAUUACAAGAUAGUUACAUGCAGAGCAGGGCCGAAGCCCUUCAAAAUGUGGAGUCAACUAUUCAUGAGCUGAGCAACAUCUUUACCCAGCUAGCCACCAUGGUUUCUCAGCAAGGAGAGCUUGCAAUCAGGAUCGAUGAGAACAUGGAUGAUACACUGGCAAACGUGGAAGGGGCACAAGGACAACUACUGAAGUACCUUAACAGUAUCUCAUCCAACCGAUGGCUGAUGAUCAAGAUAUUCUUUGUAUUGAUUGUAUUCCUAAUGAUUUUCCUAUUUUUUGUGGCAUAGAAGUACAUCAGCAAUAACUAAAAGAAAUAGAAAGAAAUGGAGUGUCUUUUCACAGGAGAGUCUUUUAUUCUUUUGUUGCAUUUUGGUUUCUUUUUCUUCUCUUUACCAUUUUCUUUUGUUUUCUUGGAUAAUUCUAUAGCUCCUGGCAAGUAUAUAUAUAGUUACAGUUCUGUCCAGUAUUCUAUUCGAACGGCGUUGUUAUUGUUGUACUUUCUUCGAGUAAGCACUCAUGUAUAAGCUGUUUAUGCAUAUAAUAAGAAGUUUAUUCUUUGUUCAC